CAAAUUUACCAUCUUAUAAACUCCGGUACAGAAACGGCCCUCGGGGUGACGUUUGUUAUAAUGUUGACGAGAAACCCCCAAGGAAAAUAAUUUGUGUGAGGUCCGUUGAUAGGAAACUUAAUCUGCCCGACUUCAUGGGAGAUCCCGAUUAGGACGGCGCUCUUCCACACAGAAUGGAAGAAUGUCCAUAUUGCAAGAAGCCAUUCAAGCGGUUAAAGUCCCAUUUGCCGCACUGUAAGGGCAUCAAACCGGCUGGACACGAGGACCAGAAAGCGCUUCAGUCCAAGUCAGCGGCUCUGGUGGGUGCCAAAAAACCAAAACGAGCCGCCCAAGAUGGUUCUGAGCAGAGAGCAGGGGUGGCGGGGAAACAUCCAGAGGUCAUGGGGGAAAAACCGGAACGACCACCCCAACGUUUUCCUCUGCAAGACGCAGGAAGAUCAGGGACCACCGGAGCAGCAGAUGGAGACACGAGGAAGCGAAUCCAAAUUUCCUUUCGAGCAAUUGAAAAUCUUGAGCCCAAGGAGGCUGUGCAGGAAGAGGCUCUGGCCCUGCUGGAAAGAUGGGAGGACGCUGGCGCCUCCCCAGGGAAGGCCACCAAGAUUGAGCCUAAAUCAGAGCGCAGGGGGCUUGAGCCCUCAAAACCCAAAGCCGCUUUAGCCCGUGUGCCCGUGGCACCUUCUUUGUCAGUUCCAGAGAGAAAGUCCUCCUCGACAGUAGCUAAGAACAUACAAGCCAUUUCGACCUGUUUUGGGCUGGACCCAAUGGAUCUCCCUGGACCUAAGCUUCCAGAAAAAGCUCUCCGGGUCCCAAGUGGUGGGACACUCCCUCGUGACACUUCCUCGAAUCUCAGCCACAGGGGUCCCAGCGUCACAAGCCACCAGAGCGAGACCAGGGCUCGAGUCUCAGAUGUGCUCCUGGGUGUGACAGGCUUGGCAGGGUCAGCGGGUCUUAAUCUGCAGGAGAACCCCAUAAAAAUGCAAGUCAGGGGCCCACCACCUCCCCUUGGCGAAGGGGCCCGGGAGAGCCUGGCGGUGGCAUUGGCUACUUCAUGUGACCACUCAAGGAAAAACCCACCUCACGUGGCAGUCCCAGGACAGACGCCCCAAGAGGCAGGUCACAGCGUCAGUUUGUCACCGCUUCCAACGGGGCUGCCUUGCAGUGAGCUGCGGGUGGGCUCACAGGCCUCUGCUCCAAGCCUGGUUGCUCUGGCCAUGAACUUUGUCUCAGUGGAGAAAACUGACACCCACCUUCCUCUGGCUGACCCUGAGCUCCAGGCCUCGCCACUGAGUCAGCUGCCAGGUUCUGGGGAGCCCUCCCUGGAUGCUUGGCACAAAACCACGACACUCCCAGGGGGACUGCUGACCUCGCAGCCAGCCCAGCUUCCCUCUGUGCAGAGCCCCCCAGCCGCACUGGGCCUACAGUGGCUCCCUGAGCUGUACCCCGCCUACCUGGGGCUCGGUAUGUGCCCCGGGAAACUGCAGUAUUGGGACUUGGUGGCCCUCAAGCCGCACCUCGUCAUUCCGCAGGGAGAGAGCCGCUCACAAGUCGCUCCACAGUGGGGACGAAGUUCAACUGGUCUAAGGAGCUUGGAACCGGCCAACCUUGUCCCCUCCAACUUCUCCCUCACGAAUCUCUUGGCGGCUUUGCAAAAAGGUUGGGUCAGGUGUGGCGCCUCCAUGAAGAGCGGCGUGGGCAGCGUCUCCAUGCUCUUCACCGGCUACUUCGUCCUCUGCUGUAACUGGAGCUUCAAGCAUCUAAAGCUGCAGCGCUGGCGAAAGUGAGGGUGACAGGCGACAUCGUGGUGACACCCGUGAGAGCCCUGAAGGACAUGACCAGGAGAGGAGGAAGGCGGGUGUGAAGAAUAAACAUGUCGCAAUCCCCUCAUGUGGAAAA